AUUCAAUACGUCACUGUUACCUCUUGCGAAAUGUAUGGUAUUAUAUGUUAAAAUACGUGACGUCGCAAUUAAAAUACGUCGUUCGUUGAAGCAAUGCUUGUUAUUUGUUUUAAAUCCGACGUUCGUUGUGUAACAUUUCCACCAACCCCCCCACCCCCCUGACAGAAUCUAGAGUGGAUUAUUCCAAAAAAAUAUGGCGGCGGUAUCUGUCAGCAAGAAGUGAAACUUUCGCUCAAGAGAGUGAAUAUUUCCUAUUUAAAUGCAGCAUUUCCUGGAUGUUUGUCGUCGCUUCGGCUUUUCCGUCGUUUAACUAGAAACGCUAUUUCGUGUGCUUUUUUUUGUGGUCGUCUUUCAUUCCGACGGGGUUUUACCUUCUAUAUCUGUUCUUGGCUGCUAGCUGACUAGCUGUGACUGAAAAGGCUUUCCUCGAUAAAUAGAGCAAAGUGCCGUGAGGACAGCGAUAAACAUUAUCGGAUAUAACCGGCUUCGGUUCACAUCACUGGGCGAUUUAAAGGUUAAAAUCCACCUCUAACGUUUUUUACUGAGACGUAUGUUUAUUAGUCUUAUUUACAACCAAGGGCAGCGCUUCCGUGUUCAUUUUACGUCACUGGCUUCCGAUCCAAGUCGGAUGUUUGUCGAUGUGUUUUCUAACCCAAGGAAUUUGAUUUGCUAGCACCUUCUGUACUGGCAAAUCAAUGGAGAAGCUUCAGGAUCUCAGACAAUCCGAGCUACAGGAUUUGCUGGAUAAUUCGGAGCGGGUGGAGUCAAUGGCACUGGAGUCAGAUGAGAUCCAAAAUAUUCAACUGGAAAGGGAGAUGGCUCUGGCUUCCAACCGCAGCCUGGCUGAACAGAACCUCGACAUGAAACCGCGGGUAGAGAGUGGUAAAGAACGGCUGGUGGCGAAAUAUAAUGAACUGGAGGAAGUGAGGGAGAGAUACAAGAAGCACUGCACUCUCAGAGAUGGGAUUAUGGGCCAGGUGUCUCCCGAGGGGUUGUUAACUCGUCUACAGGCAGAGGGCGCCAACACAGAGGCAGAGUCAGAGGCUCUAGCUGAUGAGUUACUGGAAGGUUCCUUGUCACUAGAUUCAUUCCUCGAGCGCUUCCACUCUCUCCGCUGCCUUGCUCACAGAAGACGUGUGUGCAUUGAGAAGCUGCAAGAGAUUCUGCGCCAGAAGAACCAAGGAGCCGGGGAGUCUGGCGUGACAUCAGAGCCAUGCUCCAAUCCGGAGGCUGGCUCAGUGUCACUGUGGCAACAGCAGCAACCCCAGCAACAGCCACAGCAGAAACCUAGCGUGAGCACCAACCCGCCCAACUGUGCCCUGCCGUACACUCCAUACCCUGUUUCUCCUCCUAGCCAACCCUGUUCAGCCUCUACAGCUGCCCCCUCUAACCCCACUGGUGCUUUUCAGCCCUACUCAAACCAGGCCACAGCUUUUACUCCAUCCUCAGGCUACCCUGCUGCCCGGCCUGCCUUCGUCCCGUCCACAUGCCCAUACCCCACCCAACCUGCAUUUACAACUCCCCAAGGUCCUCCUUUUGGGCAGUUUGGCCCUAGUAAUGCACCCUACCCCAGCCCAUACCCUUAUGGAGGUUAUAGUUACCCCAUGGGCUCACAUAUGCCCCCUUCUCAGUCACCUACAGGUAGGCCGCUUUAUAGGCCAGGGUUUGGCGUACCACAGCCGUAUUCCUGAACCACAGUGUUCCCACCCCCACCCUCCCUCUCUCUCUGUCUCUGUCUCUCUCUCUCUCUCUCUCUCUCUGUGUGUCUCUCUCUGUGUCUCCUAAUCCCUUUGUUCUCUCUUUGUCCUCCCUCCCCUUUUGCCUCCAAAUGACACUGAGUUUUGUGGUCUGCAUACCCCCAAUUUUUUUCUUCCUGUUUUCAGGCUUGCACAAAAUGUUUGACAUUGGGUUACCAUGUGUUUUUUUUUUUUUUUUUUUUCUUUUCCUCUGACACCUCAGUGAAAGACUUGCUCUAAAAACAAAACAAAACAACAACAAAAAAAACUGUCAGAGACCAAAAUGGACGUCAAUGUCAAUCAACGUUGGACUUGUUUCAGUUCCUGACUGUUCUAGCAUGUUUCCAGAUUUGAGAUUUCAAAUUGUUGAAUGUGUUGAUUGAAUUUGCCAUUAUGUUUUCAUUUAAUUCAAUAGAAUUGUGUUGAUGUCUGGCUUUCAGACUUCAGAAUCACAUCUUAUUAUUAAUUUAUGAGAAAUUUCACACUACUUAAUCAUGAGACUCAUUUAUCACCUGACUUUCUGGUUUGUGUAGCUGUUUUUUCCCCCUGCAGAAAAUAACACCACUACCAUUCACAUAAGACACAGACUAUUUUACUGUCUAAGACUGUCUACAAAUGUUUAACACAACAUUUUCAGGCACUUUUAUUUGGGUGGAUUAUUUGACCCAUAAAUCAUGUUGUCUGUAUGUUGUUCUGAGAAUAGUCAGUUCUGUAUUUAAUGCAACUGUGCACCUGCUCCUUCACUCCCCCGUUCAUCUCCUUGUCUGCUGAACUGACUUUUUGUUCCUCCCCUCUCCUUCUCUCUUUCUUAACUGUUUCUUUUUUACCCCCUCUUUUUGUUUUGAUCACGUCGUCCUUGCUCCAUGUACAGCGUAUUGACUGAGAACAAUGAGAAUUACCUGAGAGGACUGUUUAAAUACUCUAGUAAAGACUGUGUGAUUUGUAUAAACAGAUAUUAAUAAUGGUAAAUAAAAAAACACGGGGAAUAUAAUAUAAACAUAUCUUUAUCUGCUAUAGCACAGUAUAUGGUGUGGUGUUUGAGGCAAUGGGAACCAUAACACAGCACAGUGAGCGUGCGAGGGAGUUUGAGCUACAUCACAUCCUUUGGAGUUUACAUACAGCUUUCUGUAAGCAUCGUACCACUGAAAAUGUUUUAGAAUGAAGAUUGUGCAGACAAGUUAAUCAUGCAAGCUUAUAUGUGUCUGUUACAAUGGUUUAUAAGGGUUUAAUGAAUUCAGUUAUAAAUGUUAUUAAUGACUGGCAAAGCUUUAGUUUAUCUGGCGUGGAUGUAAAGGAAGGCUGUAUGUAUCUGUGGAGGUUGUAUGUAGUCCCCUGCAGCAGCCCCGCAUUUUGGAUUGUGUAUCUUCUACGUGUUGGCUGGUAGAAUGACCGUUUUGAAUCACAUUUGCACUCCACAAUAACAGCUUCUGUCCCUACGGUAAAAGGGCCUGGGGGCGAGCCGUCAGCUUUAGAAAAGAUUUAGAAGAUUUACUCGGGGUAAACUUUUGAAUUUUAUUUUAUCAGUCAUUAUUUUUAACCUCCAAGCAAUCAGAACAAAAACAAAAAAAACAACAA